AUGACCUACUCUUCGUCCAAGGUACCUGAUCGAGCUUCGGUGCAACGAGUUGCGGCCAGCACUCUCCAAACGAAAUCCGUCUCUGUGGAACGACUCGAAGGCGUCCUGUUUCGAACCUUUCGCCUCGUGCCCGCGGCCGACUACUUCUAUGUCCUCCGGUGCCAACCUUCGUGCCACAUCCGACUCCUUCGCCAUGAGCAAGAACGUCUUCACACGGAAGCCAUCGCUCUACGGACUCUUCGAGGGAGGGCGGACUUACAACUUCCACGACUGAUCGACUACCACACUUCGACCACUCCCAUCGGAAGCGCCUACCUCAUCAGUGGCCCGUUCAAAGGCUCCAUCUUGGUCGACAUCGAGCCCUCGCUCUCCACCCAAGCCCUCGCUAGCAUCGACCGCAGUCUCGGACAGUACGUCCGCCACCUCCACCGGGCAACUCACACAUCCUUUGGUCCCGUCCGCGAAGCAACCCUUCCCGGACACUCAUCCUGGUCCCGCUGCUUCGCCAGCAUGCUCGAGACCGUUCUACGAGACGGCGAAGACGCCCUGAUCAGUCUCCCAUACGACUACAUCCGCGACCUCGUCCGCCGCCGACGCUCGUGUCUGGAUCAAAUCACACAACCGAGACUGACGUUGCUGGAAAUGGUUUCCGACCAGAACAUCAUCGUCGACACGAAUACCAUGACGGUUGCGGGCUUGCUGGACUGGUCGACGACGAUGUGGGGUGAUCCGUACAUGUCUGAUUGCUUCUGUAGGCCUUCGGUCAGUUUUGCGGAGGGGUUUGGGAAGCUGCCGAAUCGAACGCCGGAUGAGCGGAUCAGGCAGUAUUUGUAUAUCCUUUACCAUUCUGUGCUCGCUAUUGUGAGGCACUGCUGUCGACCGUCGGAGGAUGGCGAUGAGCUCAAUGCGAGGCGGACGAUGACUGCUGCGCUAGGGCAGUUGUCGAAGUGA